GUGACUGGCACGGCAGGCUGCGCUUGCGUCUGGCUCAUGCUAGAGGAGCGGAGCGGCAGCGCCCCCAGAGGCCGCGCGGUCCCGAGGUCCUUCAGGGAGAGAGCCGCCUAGGCAGCGUCGCUGGGCCGGGCUGCCCCCUGGUGGUGGCCCAAGGGGAGGAGCUUUUGGGGGUGCGCGGGCAGUCCGGGCUGCGGUCACCUGCUGCAGAGAUGCCAAAGGGGCCUAAUUCAUUCCUUCCCGACUGUGACACGACGGGGUCGGACUAGGCGACCAAGGAGGAGCCUCCUUGGGCUCUUAGUAGGCCCGAGGCUGGGGACGGAGGAUGGAUGGAUGACUCAGCGUGAUCCCCCGAGCCCUGUCACCCAUCUCCUCCGAGGUGUCCGUGUCAGCUCUCUAGGUGCCCAAGCUUCGAUUCUCAGUAUUUAAGAGAGCCCAAGCCAAAUCUCCUCUUGCGGAUGAAGAAACUGAGGCUCAGAGAGGACCGCUUACCCAGCAACUCAGUGCCAAUGGAAGAACUGGAACGUGGUCUGCUGAUCCAGCCGUGGGCAUGGCUGCAGCUUUCGGAGGACUCACUUCUAGCCAAGGCCUACAUCAACACACACAAGGGCUAUGCCCUUCUUCUCUCUGACCUCCGACAGGUGUGGCAUGAGCAAGUCGACACAAGCGUGGUCAGCCAACGGGCCAAGGAGCUGAAUAAACGACUGACUGCAACUCCUUCUGCCUUCCUCUCCCACUUGAGAGACCUCAUGUGCAUCUUAUUGGAAGGUCCGGCUGAUCCCAGAGGGGCCACUUUCUCUUGUGAGCUUAUGCCAGAGGGACUGUCGCUGCGUGUUCGGAGUGAGCUCUCUGGUCUACCCUUUCACUGGAACUUCCAAUGUGCCUUGGCUAGCCCUUCUCUGGUUUCCCAGCAUCUCAUACGUCCUCUGAUGGGCAUGAGUCUGGUACUGCAGUGCCAGGUGAGAGAGCUGACUUCUUUGCUUCGGCUGAAGGAUGCAGAAAUCCAAGACUACCAAGAGAAUGGAGCCGUACUGAGCCGAGAUCGAUUGAAGACAGAGCUGUUUGAUGAGAAUGCUGUCCUGGAGCAAGUUGUAACAGAGAAUCUGCCAGAGGCAUGCAGUAUUGAGAAUGGAAGAUCCUUUGCUACGAAGCUGCAGAAUCUCUACGUGACAAUAACUAAACAAGGAUUCCAGGCAGAACGAAAACGACAAGGUUCCGGAGACUCCCAGGCCUCGGACAGGACUUCUUCCAGUGAAACUGAUGGUAUACUACUGAACCAGCCAGAGCAGCCCUUCUCUGCCCCAUCCCCGUCUGUGCUUGAGACUUUGAAUAUGGAGACUUCAGUUCCAAUGCAGAGACCCCAUCUGUCCAAAGUCAAGAGGAAGAAACCAAAGGGACUCUUCAGCUGAACUGAGCUCACGUCCUGGUGCUGUAGCUGCUGAGGAGAAGUCCGGGGUACAGAUUCCAUCAGAAUUGCCUUGAAUGGAUCUUCUGGGGUGAAAGCUCAGACUUUGGACAAAGUCAGGCAAGGUUGGAGUCUUGGAUUGGGGUCUGGCUGUAAGGCUUGUGUUAUGCUGUGUAGUGGACACUUUGUCCUUCAGUCUGAGUAUACUCAUGAUUGUGCUAGGUUUCCUGACCUGAGGAAGAGCCUGAACCUGGGGAAAUAUUGAACCCCAUUCUCCCACAGCAUCCUCCUCUAGACUUUGUGCGUAUAUAUCUGUGGUAGAUUUACUAGAAACACAACAACAAAAAUAAAAACUUCCAAAACUCCUGUGCCAUCUUAAGAUAGUAUUAACUUCUGUAUUUACAUCAGACUCACUGGCAAGUCUCUACUUCAUUAUGGGAGCCUGUAGUUACUCCCAUGGUCUGAGUAGAAUACAAAAACAACCCUGAAGCUCCCCAGAUUUUAAUCUAUUCAUUCAUAAUUCACGAAGUACUAGUUUUCUCUCCUCUCUUCUCCACCUUUUUCCUCACACGCAUGUGCAUAAAGUUCCCAGGCCAUCUCUCACACCCUGAACCCUCAGCUCAGACACCUUCAGGCUCUCUUGUAGUUUUUCUUCUGUGACCUAAAAGAAACCUUAACUUGCAUCUGGAGUCACUUUUCCCAGAGAGGACACAACACAUCACAGAUUGUCAUUGCCCUCUUCUUCUCUAUUAUGUUCAUCUUCCCGUUUUGUUUUCAAGGCAAAGAGGACAAGUCAGGUUGUAUAGAGCCCUAACAGGAUCCUCCUGUGCCACUCAAAGCUGCAGGAGAGGCCUUGUGUCCUCCUUCCCCCCAAUUCCCCAGGUAAAGCACCUUCUGCAAGACCUACACCAGGUGCAAUGGUAAGGAGCAGCAGAAUGGCCAGAGGGUGCUUGGGAUGACAGCAGGAACUGGAUCCUGGACCCAGCAGGAGCCUGAGGCGAGCCUUAGCAUUUGAUCCCUUAGCCAACUCCUGGGGGAAAUAGCUGGAUUCGCCAGUUAGGGUUCAAUGGGUCCCUACAUUUUUGCCCCAUUUCCCUGUGCAGGCAGGGCCCUGUAAAGCUUCACCUGGGAAUAAAAAAGAUAGCAGUAGGGUAGGAAAAGGAGUCCUAGGACACUGGUCUUUAGAACUCAGCCCAAGGAAAGCUGCUGCCUGAGCAGGAUUUAUGGAGGUGGGUUUUUCUGGCUGGGUGGUGGUUCUUCUCCAUCUGUUCCUUUUCUAGGCGAUUCCCAAUUCUUCCUCUGCUGCUGAGCAGUAAAGAGCCUUAGCCCACUGCAGGAGGUCGCACUGAGUGCAUUUCCCAAAAGAAGAGUUGGUUUCUUCACAGUGUCUCCUUCCACAGACCUUGCCCCCCCCCAUGGGUCUGCUGAACCUGCUGCAUCUUUAGUCUCCCAGGCUAACACUAAGGUGGAUCUGGGGCUAUGUGAGAACUUGUUAUCAAGUGGCUCUGUUUGUUUUCUACAUAUUUUCUGCAGGAUUCAGAGCUUGGUUUCAAUGAGUAUCGGGCACUGGGCCACAUGGGGAAAGGGAAGGAAUCCCCAGCAAGGGGAUUCUUCAUUUCUGAGGGGAUGCUGUGCCCGGGCCACCUCACCUCCCACCCUCCUUUCCAGGUGUUCUGUUUCAGGAAUUUUUCAUUGAGGAGGACAAGAUUAAGGUGGUGGCAGAGAGUCACCUAACCCAGGACAAACCCCAGGGAAUCCCUAACUUGUCUUUCUCAGGCCCUGCCCCUGGAUCAGCCCCUCCCCCAGGGCCCUGGCCUGGCCCAGCCUCCACCCCAGCUCUACAGGCACAUAAAAGGGUCGAAUUCUAGUGGCUGCUCCAUAAAUUUUAUUCCGUAAAUAUUAGUUUUCCCUGUGUUUAAUAAAGCAGCGGCCCACCUCCCCGCCCACCCGCCCUUUCCCCGGGGCCGGGGCUGAGGCUGGGGCCGGUGGUGGGAGAAGGGACUCUUUCAAUUGCUUUGGAGUAUUUUUAGAAAAAAAAAUAAUACAAGGUGGUUUACAUGAGCAAGCCAGCAAACCAGGAGCAGGACUAGAGACCUCGAGGAAGUGACUGCCCAAGCUCGAGUUAAAAGUAGGGAAAUAGCGCCACCUAUACUGCAGGGCCAGCUCGGCCUGGCUGCCCUGCUCCCCCUACCCUCACGGCCAGCUCAGGCUGGCUCAGAGAUGGAGAAUUCCUUCAGCAAGGGCAUCCCCUUCUUUCCCCACACUUCAGUGAGGCCUUCCCCACCACUGACCAAGGCAGGGCCUAGAUAACAUCCCCCUAGUGCUCAUUUUCCCCUCUGUCCUUAGUUAGUCAGCAUAUCUCUUAAAGCCAGGGGCAUUUUUCUUGCUCAUAGCUGCAUAGUACUGAGGGGAGAAUUAGGAAGGGCUCCUUUAGAGAUCCUCCGGAUCUACCCCCAGAGUCCCACAUGGGAAUGGGGCCUGCACCCUGUUCUGAAGGGUCUGCCAGGCCAGGCCGCCAUCACAACCCCGUAGUCCCUGAGCAGCAAGCUCCUAGCCAGAGCUUUGCAUCAGAGCAGCUGUGCGGACCCUCCUCCUUCUUGCUGUCAAACUCUCAGGGACAUCUCUCUUGUGGGGAGUCCUUUUCGCUCUCAUCCAAGUCCCUACAUCCUCCUUGGUCUUGGUGUGUUGUAAGGAGUCCCCGGGCCUAUGAAUUCAGUGUGGGAGGACUGUGGACUCUCCCUUCUGGGUGCUGGGUCUGGCCCCAGGACUGGUUCAUCUGUGUAGCCACAGCCAUGGCCUUCUAUCCUGUGACUCUGUUUUUCCAUCUGUCUUUAAAUUGGAAGUGUUGAUUCCAUAGAGAAUAAGUAAACCCAUCUACUGUAGCCUUCACUAAUGCCAGACAGACCCACACCGCCUAGGCUGUCCCCUCACGGACUCGCACUUAGCCUGUGUUUAUAUGUCGUCUUUGCCCCCUUACAUCACCAGCACUACCAAAAUCUCUUGCAUGUAUUAGACAAUGAAUAAAUGCUUGUUAAAUUAAAGAACACAGUC